CGCGAGUUAGUCCCGCCACAUCCCCCGCCCGUCCCCACCGCCUGCACCACGGCAACAAGAGGUGCCGACGCCGACGCCGCAUCCCCCUCGCUGCUAUUCGCUAACCGUAAUGCCGUCACUCGUUCGGUUGUCCGCCAUAUUUAGCGUGUUUUCGUUACUCAACCGUGUCGGUUAACCGGCCGUACCGCGCUGCUCGUUGUCAUUGUAACGCCGCCACCGCAACGACGACGGCCGAUCGCGCCAAUUUCGAUUGCUCGUCACGAUCCCGCUCAAUCAACCGCCAACCAACGCCGCUGCGUGGCACUGUGCCCCUUGUCCGAUGUUCGUUGAGGUACGGCCGACGUGCAGUGUCCGACGACGACGACGGCGAAGACGACAUGACGUAAGCAACGGACCCACACGCUCGGCACAUUGACGUGUGGUCGCCGACGGACAGCUCAGCGAUCGGGAACCGCGGAUUCCGGUUUAAUUAUUUGUCAAGAAUCAAAAUCAAAAUGAACGAAGUUAAUAUGGCUAAUAAUCAAGAAAUAAAUUUACAAUCAUGUAGUAUAAAUGAAUUGUGCAGAUUAUGUGCAAAUUUUGAUGAAAAUAUGAUACCAAUAUAUGCUGAUGAAGGAGCAGAUCAUAUGUUAGAAAACAAAAUAAAAACUCAUCUUCCAUUUAUAAAUAUUUCUGAAAAUGAUCUAUUACCAAAAAGAAUAUGUUAUCAUUGUGCUUCUGCUGUGCUUGUGUGGAAUGAGUUAUAUGAAUGCAGCACUGAUGCAGACCAAAAACUUAGAAGUAUGUUUGAACCUAGCCAAUUUGACCAGAAUCAGUGCAAGGAUAUUCAAGAAGAAGAAAGGCUACAACAAACAUUAAAGAGGUACAUUGACUUGACAGAACCAGAAGGAACAUUGAAAAUAAUUCCUACUAAAGAAACUUCUCUAUCAAACAAUUAUUCCUGUUCAUUUUGUUUUGAGAAGUUUUUAAAGAUAAGAGAUAAAGUGAAGCAUGACCGUGAUGUUCAUGGUGUUCAGUCUAAUUUAUUGCCAAUAAAAUAUGUAAGUGACGGGUACACAGAUAAUUUUAAAAUUUCAAAUGUUGAGGAAAACAAUACGGAUAAAAAUCUUUCAAAUUUAGUUGAUGUAAGCAAUACAAAAACAACACACGACUUGGAAAUAAAUAAUUAUGAUGUAUUAUGCAUUAUAUGUAAUGUUUCUUUUAAAUCCUCAUUUGAAAAGUUAGAGCAUGACCAAAAAUUGCAUAGUGUACAGACGACUACACGACGAAGUAAACGUGUAGGUGUAACUAAAAGUUAUGGUGAAUUAUUUGAUGAUGAAUCUGAUUUUGAUGAUGAAACAAAAAAUGAUUCUUUAAAUUCAGAACAGUUAAGCAGCAGUAAUUGCGUUGAAUCAAAUUCGACUGAUCAAAAAAGUGAUAAUGAAAUGGACUUUAAAAAAGAGAAAGAUUUGGAAGACAUAAAAGAUGAACUUGAUGAAUCUGAUGAAAAGUCUGAUAUUGAAGAUUUCAAGUGUUAUUACUGUAAUGAACAAUUUCCAUCUAAACACUUAGCUUCAAAACACGUCCGUUCACAUAUGGUAAAUGAUAAAAAACCAAUUCCAAAAAGUGACAUUUAUGAUAAGUAUAAAGUCAUGAUAGAUAACAAAUUAUAUUACAAAUGUGAUCAGUGUAAUUAUAAUGUUGAAGGUAGAAGAUACAAGUUUGUGUACCAUAUGAGAGUGCACACUGGUGAAAAACCAUAUGCUUGUGAAAUUUGUAGUAAACAGUUCCGUACUGCAGCAUUUUUAAGACGCCAUAUUGUAUGUUUUCAUGAAAAAGUUCGAAGUUAUCAAUGUGACAUUUGUGGACGUUCAUUUUCUGAAAAACGUAAUGUUGAUGAUCAUAGACGUACACAUACUGGUGAACGACCAUUUGUUUGUGAAACAUGUGGUAAAAGUUUUGCCCAAAGAUCAUCAAUGAAAAUUCAUUGGAAACAAAUGCAUGAAAGUAUAAAAGCACAUAAAUGUGAAUAUUGUGACAAAAGUUUUAUCAGAAGAUGUCAUUUAGUUGCACAUUUAACCCAUCAUACUGGAGUGCGCAACUAUAUAUGUGCAGUAUGUGGUAAAGCAUUCUUGCGCAGUGGUACACUUAAAGGUCAUACAGCAGUACACAGUUCAGAAAGACCUUUUCGAUGCACUAUUUGUGGAGACACAUUUAAAUUGAAAAAACAUUUAAAACAGCACGGGCGAGUUCAUGGAACUCAACAUUCAUUUGAAAAUAUUCCUCAAUUAGAAUUUAUUUCAUCAACUGUUGAUAACCAGAGAGGUUCACAUGAAAUCUCUGACAUAAUAUUCGACAGAGAAGUGGAUAAUGAUUCCGUGGACGACAACAUGUACCUGAAUGCAGCAGGCAUCGACGACGACAUUAAUGGAUUGAUGAAUUGCCAUCGGCUAGAUGAUAUAUCAGUAGUAGACGAUUGCAGUCUCGUGGUGCCGAAGCAAGAGUACCUGAAUGAUGUCAUGGGAGAAGACAGUAAUCACGUAACUGACCACCCGCUGCCCAACAACACCGAUGUGAACGUCACCUCGAUUUGCGAAGGAAACGAAGUAACUAAUCCCGACGAUAGUGAUGAAUUCAAACCGCACACGAAUGCACUCAACGCCAAUGGUCCAGAAAGUGGAGAAUUGGAUGGUCCUGAAGAUGGAGAAAUGGAAGACUUGCAAAAGGAUGGCGAUGGAAGCAACGGAAACGACGGUGAAGUAGACGAUGAGGAAAACGACAACGAAGAAGAGGAUGAAGAUGAGGACGAGGACUCCAACCAGCUAAGCAGCAUGCACGUGCGACAAUUGUACGUGAGCAGUUCUUUGGACGGAGGUACCGCAGAUGAAGACGAACAGCAGCAGGAGACCAUGUGCCAGAUAUGUGCGACUGUGUUUAAGACCCGGUAUAACUUAUUACGGCACUUCCAGAAGCGGCACCCCGAGUACAAGAUGUACGAGUGCGACCUGUGCCGCAUCAGUUUUCCGUCCAUUGACGAGUUCAAGGACCACCUGGAGGAGAAACACUCCAAGAUGCACACCACGCACACGAUAGACUCUAAACAAGUGCGUUUCGCGUGUGACGUAUGUGGCAACAUGUACAAAAAUAAAGCGUCAGCUAUGAACCACCUGCUGACGCACACCGCCAAAAAAACUGUGCACUGCUCUCACUGUGACUUCUCAUGUUACACCAAGCAGCAGCUGGGUGUGCACCAGACCAAGCACGAUAAGCGAUUCGUGUGUGACAUAUGUCACAAGCGGUUUGCACAAAAGUCACAACUGGAUGUGCAUGUAAACGCUGUCCACUACAAUCAAAGGCCGUUCUCGUGCGUGCUUUGCAACAAAUCAUUCAAGACCAAGGGAUCGCACGACGCACACAUGAUCGUCCAUACCGAUACCCGAAAUUACCAGUGCCCGCACUGCGAUAAAAAGUGCCGGAAGCGGUACGAUCUGACGUUGCACAUCCGAACUCACACGGGUGAAAAACCGUUCAAAUGUAGUGUGUGCGGCCGAGGGUUUGUGCAGAUGUGCGAUACGCGCAAACACGAAAUGCUCCACUUUAAGCCGGGCAAGCGGAAAAACUUGUUCUUCUCGUCGCCGGAGGCGGGAAUGGGCGAUGAUGAAUGACAUACGGCGGCGGUGGCGGAAAGCAUGGCAGGCGACGUCGACGACGAUGAUGACGACGACGACGACGACGACGACGAUGAUGACACCACUAACAACAACUCUAACUCCACCAUCACCGACCCAACGACGCUGAACUGAUAGCCCCCUCUGUAUUUUGAUUUUAAAUAAAAUCAUAAUUUUAACAUAUUAUAUAAAUAUUUGUGUGUAUAUAAAUAUUUUUUUUUUGUAUUUUACUAUAUUUUUUAUGUUAUACAUUUUUAAAUAACAUUCUUAAAAAUUGUAUUAUUUUUAAUUAGUCAAAGUUCCUUUUCCACAAUACUUAUAUAGGAACAAACAAUUACUAAAUCCUCAUGAGUUAGAGAAAAGAUACCAAAAGUUAUUUCUUGUAAACUCUAUUUAAAAAAUUUGUUAGUUCAAAAUAUUUUCAAUUUGAUUAUAUUUCUUAUUACCAAGUUUGAAACUGCAAAAGUAUGUGAAUAUGUAAUUAAGUAUUUUUAUUAUUAUAUGUGAAUAAUCUAGGGUUAAGUAAGUUUUAAAGUUUAUAAUGUAUAACACUUUGUAUGUAUUAAGUCUUUACUGAAUUGAAUUUUGUUAGUAAUUUAUAAAAAUAAAUACCUAAGUAUGAUAUUAUGUUA